UACUGGUCAUACUGGAGUCCUGGCCUGAGCAUUGAAGAUGGCGGAUGUUGUAAAAACGAAUCAAAUGUCUGAGCUUCAGGAUACUAGCAGUGAAGAUGAUGAAGAUGUUGAUGAAGAAGAAGAAGAAGAAGAAGAAGAAGAAGAAGAAGAAACAGAACCUGUAUUGAAGUAUGAGCGAAUUGGUAAUACAGUAUUAACUCUGUUUACAAAAGAUGCAGCAAGCUGUAUGGCUGUUCAUUCCAAGUUCUUGGCACUUGGAACCCAUUACGGUGUAGUUCAUAUUCUUGAUCAUCAAGGAAAUCGUAUUUGUGACAAAGAAUUUCCAUCACACACAACAACAGUGAAUCAAAUCAGUAUUGACAGAAAUGGGGACUUUAUUGCGAGUUGUUCAGAUGAUGGAAGAGUUGUGAUUAAAGGCUUAUACAACUCUGAAAACAACAUUCAACAAAAUUUUGAUACUCCCAUCAAGGCUGUAGCAUUGGAUCCGGAGUUCUCUAAAAAAAGUGCUAAACCAUUCGUAACAGGUGGCGAUAAGUUGGUGCUUCACGAAAAGGGUUUCUUCAGGUAUAAAUCAACAAUUCUUCAUGGUGGUGAAGGGGCUAUAAGCACCAUAAAGUGGCGAUCCUCCUAUAUUGCUUGGGCAAAUAAUCUGGGCGUCAAGGUUUAUGAUAUGAGCUUGAAACAGCUCAUUACCAACAUCCGCAGAGAACCAAAUAGUCCAAGACCUGAACUUUACCGCUGUUAUUUGUUUUGGAAAGACAACACAACGCUUAUUAUUGGUUGGGCUAAGCAUAUUCAAGUUUGUGUGGUGAAAGAAAGAGUAAGAACCAAUGGCAAUCAAAAUCCAGAACAUAAAUUGCUUCCGUCAAGAUACGUGGAGAUAGUUGGUAUUAUACCAACGGACUAUUUUGUUUCUGGAAUUGGGCCAUAUGGCAAUGGUUUGAUCAUUCUCUCGUAUCUUGAUAAUUCAAGCAAGAAGGAGCGCAAGGCUACACGACCCCUCUUACGAAUUGUUAAUUAUGCUGAUGAAUAUGAAGAAAUCAUGAUGGAUGCAUUAUCAGUGAGAGGAUUUGAAAAUUAUGAUUGUAAUCAUUAUCACUUAGAACCCUUGCCUGAAGAGGAAUUAUUUUUUGUUAUAAGCCCGAAGGAUAUUGUUUUGGCCAAGCCACGUGAAAUUGAUGACCACAUUGAUUGGUUGGUAGAACAUAAAAUGUUUGAUGAAGCACUACGUUCUGUGGAAACAAAUGAGAAGAUAAUAAAAAGGAAUAACUAUUUAGAUAUUGGACGAAUGUAUUUGCAACAUUUGAAAUCUAAAGGUGAAUAUGAAGACGCCGCAAGAUUGUGCGUUAAAGUGCUCGGAAAUGACACCAGUUUAUGGGAAGACGAAGUUUAUAAUUUUGCCAAAACCCAUCAACUUCGGGUAAUAGCUCCGUACAUUCCUCGUAAUCCUGAAGACGCGAACAAGUUGAGCAGUACUUUGUACGAAAUUGUCCUCAACGAUUUUCUGCAAAAAGACAUCGAAGGUUUUCAGCAAUUAGUAAAGGAAUGGCCUUCAAAAUUGUAUAAAGUUAAACCUAUCAUUGCUGCUGUCAAGGAAAAGCUUUUAAACGAUCCCAAGAACCCAAUCCUUUUACAGAGUCUUGGUGAAUUGUAUACUUCACAAGGUCGUUACGAUCUCAGUCUUGCGAUAUAUCUGGAAUUGAAAUAUGAAGGAGUCUUUGAAUUAAUUGAUCAGCACAACUUGUUUGAUUCUAUUUUUGACAAAAUUGUUAGGCUCAUGGACUUUAAUAAAGAGCGAGCAGUAUCAAUGCUUGUUGACAACAUCCAAAAAGUGUCGGUUGAUGACGUUGUUCGACAGUUGACACCUUACUCAGAAUACUUACACACAUACUUGGAUGCAGUAUUUCAAAAAGAUCCAGAACUAAGUAUUGAUUACCACGAAAUUCAGGUCUCUCUAUAUGCUGAGUUUGAUCGUCCGAGACUUCUUUCUUUCCUUCGAAAAAGUAAUUACUAUCCAUUGCAAAAGGCGCUGAAUGAAUGCAGGCAAAGAGAAUUGAUCGAAGAGAUGGUAUUUUUACUCGGGCGAAUGGGGAAUAAUAAAGAAGCUCUUCAUCUAAUAAUAGACAAGCAAUCCAAUGUACAUAAGGCGAUCGAUUUUGCUAAAGAAAAGGAUGACGAAGAACUGUGGGAGGAUCUCAUUACAUGUUCACUUGAUAAACCAGAAUUCAUUACCGGUUUGUUACACAAUAUUGGUACACAUGUUGAUCCGAUCAAACUUAUCAAAAGGAUACCGUGUAAUAUGAAAAUUCCAGGCUUGCGCGAUUCGCUUGUGAAAAUUCUGCACGACUAUAAUUUACAAAUAUCACUUCGAGAGGGUUAAAAGAUCCUAGUAAAAGACAGUGUUUCGUUAUUGCAACGAGCUAUGAAAACAAGGCAAAAAGGAAUUUGUGUUUCUGGGUCAUCGACAUGUUCCAGUUGUCAUGGUAACAUACUAGUGCAAGAUAAACGUCAAGCAUCUAAAGUUGUUGUAUUCUUCGAUAAACAAGUUUUCCAUGUGGAUUGCUUAGCUCAUAAAGAUAAGGAGUUAUACUGUCAGAUAUGUUCACCACCUGUCUGGUCAAAGUAAGAAAGAAUCAAAGCAAUAUCAUGCUUGAUUUAUACAAGCCGUGGUUGAAGGCUAUGAAUAUGGUGAUGAUGGUGGCACAACAAUAAAUGGUGAUCCUAAUACACAUGGUGGCACAGACAAUGUUUGUGAAUCAUAAGAUUUAGUUGAUACGGAGAAAUUUUUCCAUAAUUUAUACUUUGAUCUCCAAAUUUGAAAUCUUAUAGUCUUUCAUUGAUUUUAAUCUGAAAACAGUAGCAAUUUUGAAACUGGUCGUUGCAUUAGCAUUCUAAGAACCAUGCACUCAAUUUUUUC